AUGUUAUCAUCAUACCACAGGUGUUUCAAUUGUGGUGAGUCUCAAAGCCAAAUCCUGACACUAGAGCCACAGAUGCUAUACAGGAUGACAAAUGCAAUGUCUAUCAUUAAGGUAGAAAAGCGCAGUCUUUUUCGAAAACAGAAACUAGGAACGAUAGAACGCACUCCAGAGAUACUGGCAGAUAGCUACGAAAGAGGCGCGACAAUGGAGUAUUUGCAUACAGAUCAGGAAGACGAGAUCAAUUUGAAAGCAUCAAUAAUGGUACAUUUUGUGGAAGGGAAUAAAUCUCCUGGAAAGUAA